CGUGAGAGACCUCUCUCUCGCUCGCGCUCUCUCACACACACACACACAGGGCUACUCUGUAAACGUACAGCAGGAUCUCACAGAGGAGCUGAAGAUGGUGCUAUACAGUAGUGUGUGAUGAAUAUUUGUAAAGGCCAGAACUGUAAACCAGAGAGGACAUCGCUGCUUUCCACAUAAGCCUGAAAACUAGUAGGAAGAUUUAGUACUGAACUGAUCAUCAUGAUAGACCUGAGCUACCUUACUGAGGAGGAGCAGGAGGUGAUUAUGGCGGUGUUAAAGAGGGACACAGAGCUGAAGAAGGCAGAGGAAGAAAGAAUCAAGCAUUUGCAAAAGCAUGACCCUGAGGAGGACAAACUGAAGUAUAUCACAGGGGAGUGGUUUUAUGAGGUAAAGUCUCAAAGACACCAGGACAGAAUUCACGGCUCAGAUAUCAUCAUGGCAUCCAUGAAACAGAAGAAACCCAUGACAGUAGAAAUUCUAAAGAGAAAACAAUCAUGGAGAGAGCAACUCAGCAAAAUUAACAACGAUCUCAUGACACCACAACCAAAGGCAACAGACAAUCUAAUGGAGAGUAACAGGAGACCAUUAGAGACUCAGCAAGGAGGUCUAAACAGGCAAAGGCACAAUCCAUUUAAUAAUAUGCUCAUUGAUCUAGACCUUGAUUUAACUGAUGGAGCUUCACUGCCUGAAACUAAGAAUCCACCAGUAGAAGAGCUACCUUCACUACAGACUCAUGAAGGAUCAGAAAUGGACUCCAAGACCAAAGUUGUUGAUAUUUUACAAGAAACAACUCCUCGUCAAAAACCUGUACCAAAAAAGAGAACUAAGCUUUUUAAGCUCCAGAACUCCGCUGCGGACAGCACCAGCUCUAUCUCCACCCAGAGUGCAUCCACAAUUUCUUCUGUGUCCACACAAAAUGUGUCUACAAGUUCCAGCACCAAGUCCCCUGUGUCUACCCAGAGCAUGUCUACAAGCUCAGACAGCAAGUCUACUCUGUCCACUCAGAGCCUGUCUACAAACUCAGAAAUCAGACCCCUUCCAACAAAAGGUAUCCUCAAACAUGGUUCCAGCUGCAGUUCCAGUGACUCCAACAUUAAGAGACAGCUGCCUCAACCCCUCAAAUCCCUUAGUAUGGUUUCCGCCAAGACUAGUCCUGAACAAAUACUUGAAGGGACUGCAAUAACCCAGGGGAGGAUAAAGGAGUUUUCCUUCAAUUUAAAAGACAAAGAUCCCACUUCACCACUGAAGACUACCUUUCCAAAGUCACGACUGCCUGUUCGAUCCUCACUGCUGUUAAAUAGUCCAACACAGACAGCUCAAGAGAAGCCAACAAUUCAGCCACGACUGAGCCUGAGUUCCAGCACACGGUCAAAUGAUGAUAAAAAAACAGACAUACUGGAUACUAAGCAAAAAUAUGAAAAUAAUUUAAAUUGGCCAAUAUCUGCAGAACCAGAAAAACAAAAUAUAGCUGACUGUAUAAUGAAAGAACCUCUAUUCGUUCCUAGAACAAGGUCCAGGUCACCAUUUGAAUCCCUGUUAACCAAACCAUUAAAUGAAGACACUACCCCUCAAAUCUCACCAAAGAACCUGGGGAAAGAAGACAGUAAGACAUCCAAGAGAAAACAUGAAAAAACAGAAGAAAAAGGGGACCACCAUUUGAGCAUUACAGCUCAACCUGUGUAUGAAGUUACCAACCCCACUAGUGCCUCCACCAAAACUGAUGCUUUCCUUGUGGCACGUGGUGAAAGUGACUACAGGCCAUGUCCAUUCGAUAUAAAGAUGAUUAGAGACACUAACGUGACAACAGAGGACUGCAAAGAGCCUCAAAUACUGAGCUCCAUUUCUCCCAAAUCUUCUGAAGAACAAGGAAACUCCAUUGCUAAAGUUCUAGAAUGGUUCAGCAGGAGCUCAGACAGCAGUGAUAAACAUGACUGUGAGGACAUUAUACAAGACCUUGAUGAUGAUUUCAAGAUUGAGGACAUUGAAGAUGAAAUAAAUUCAAGACCUAAACCAGAGAACAAUGUUUACUUGGUCAUUCAAAAAGAUAGGGAUGAAGAUACUGCUAUGAAUGAUGCAUUUUUAAAAGAGAGAGAUUUCGCAGUAGAGCUGAAUAUGGAUAAAAAUGAGCCUUCUAUAAAUUCUCAGGGUGUUCAAGAACUAAUUGGCCAGACUAAGCCAUUGAGCAUGGAAGCAGUCUCUAGCAUGAGAGCUUCCAUUCCAUUCAGCCUCAGCUCACCACAGGAAACCACUAAUAAAGUUUUGGACCCUGAAAAAACCAGUCCAAAAGAGAAGGUGCUCAAGACAGCUAGCAAAAAAGAAGAAAGCAGAAAUGCUGACAAGACAGAAAUUCCAGACAGUAAACCCACUCAACAUGAACUAGAAGACCUUGAGGAGAGUCACUCACCAAAAUUUGCUAGUUUGGGGAUACUGUGGGACAGAGGUACCUCUGAGGCACCGAAGAUGCUAGUGAGCAAACCAAAUACAAAUUCUGAAAAGGAAAAUCUUGAUCAAAAUAACAUUGUCAGGAAGGUGAUUGAGCAUGAAGAGGAACCACCCAAACCUGACAUUAGACCAAACUAUUCAAUACUUGAGAACAAGGAACAAUCACAUGUAAAGGACAUUCCUAAAGUAGAAGAGAUACAAUCUGAUAACAUUGCCUAUGAAUAUUUAAAUAAAAAAGAAGCCAGUGUCAGAGAUAAAGCCAAAGAUAUGCAAGCACCAAUGAAUAAUAUAAAUCAAAUGAAAGCUAUAACAGCCCUGAACACCACUUCAGACAAAGAUGUUACCAAACUUUUGGGCCAAAAAUCUUCAUCUUCACUUGAUUUUGGGCUCCAGAUAGGAGACCAGAGCAAUGAAAAUGUUGGUGGAAAUAUUAAUAGUAGUGAGAAAGGAUGCACGACUGCAGCAGUACUAAAGCUGGACAAAAAAGUGAAGACCGAGGAAAAAGAACCACAGCAGAAACCUCCACUCACAUCUGGUGUUCACUCACAGCAACAAAAUCUAGUCCCAUUAGCAACGCAAAGCAGGCAGCAACAAGACAACAGGGCAGAAAGGAUAAAAGAACUCAAAUCAUUCUGGGAAAGAGACAAGUUGCAAUCAAAUGUAUAUAUGAAAUCAACAGCAGCAAAUGACAAAAAUUCUUCUGCGACAUCUACAAAACUGAAUAAAAGGUUCACCAAAUCAGAAUAUGAUCUUCGGUCCAUUGGCACAGAAUCGGAGACAGAAACUGCAAAUUUUACAAUUCUUUCGCUACGAGACAGAAUAGAAAAGACAGUCACAGGAGAAGGUAUGAACAGUUUACAGUUCAAGAUGCUCCGUGACUUCUGGGCAGGAUCUAGUAAGCAGUCACCCAAUUUUGAAUACAAAACUCAAAACCCAUUAAGUCAGGAAGUUAAACAUGCAAAAACUCACAAAGGGGUAAUUCAGGCUGAACUAUCGGAUGCAAAGCAUUCUUUGAAGCAAAAUGUUUGCCCAAACCAGUCAGACAAAGGGUUUGGAAAUGAUGGUGGAAAUGCUCUUCCUCCAAAGACAGACAGAGUGCUCCAGUCAUCUUUAAAAGAGAAAACUGUUGUUAAAGAUCCUGAUACUGGUACCAAAGCUAACUUGUAUAUCUCUCUGACGGGGCCAGAUGUUCUGAGAUCAUCCCAUUUUUCUCAGCCAAAGAGUGGCUCACAGUUAUCUCCAAAAUCUCCAGGGGUACUCAAUAAAGAAUCACGACAACAGAUUAGAAGUAGUGGCAAAGGAACUUUAAAUGGAAGAGGAAAUUCAUUGCGACGUGCCAUCAGCAUGUUUGCAAUAAAUCUGGAAAGUCAAGAUCAAGAUUUACCCUUGCAGUCCAAGAAAGUAUCUGACUCAGUCCUCCCACAGCUUGGAAAGACAAUAGAAUGUACAGUGUUGCCAUCCACAAAAACACCAGAAGCUAAUUUACAGGUGAAAAAGUCUCCAGAAAUCACCAAGUGUAAGCAUAAAGACAGUGAGAGAAGCACUUCUGGGGAUUCUGAUUCUCAACCCCUUGCCAGGUCAUUUGUUCCACGAGACUACCAGCAUUACCUGGGAAUCACAGAAAACAGAGGCAAGUACAUUUCUCCCCAAGUUACAGAGCAGAUGAGUGAAUUAGUCUGCACCUCAUUUCAUUCAGGUGAUAGUGUGAGGUGCUGUCCUGAGCAAGCUGACACUCCCCUUAGCUCUGCAGAGCUUUGUACCAGGAGAGGGAGCCUGGGACUACGACCCAGAGAACAUGGUCGUGAAGAUGCCAACCCUGAGCCCUUAAACAGAGUUGACUCCUUGUCUGGGGAAAGUGCAAACUUCACUGAGGUGAGCCUAGUUCAUGAAGUGCUGAGACGCGCAGCCACUAGACCUGCAUAUCAUAAAAGCCUUGAAGACAUAACUGCAGCACCAAGACAAACUAGAAAAAGCAAACACAUGGAUGAUUUCAUGCCUAGCAGCUAUGCAAUUUCCAGCACUCCAUCCCCAUCCUCGUCUUCCUUCUCAGAUAAGGAGCACUUGAGGAAAAUCAGCAAGUCUGUUCCCUCUUUCCUGGACAAUGAGAAUGAUGGAGAUGAGAGUGACUCGGAGUGCAGCUCCCACAGUGGCAAGAACUGGAAGAACAGCAGCCCUCGUGCUAAACUUAGCAUGGCCACACUGUCUUCAAUGAGCGGGAGCAUAAUGAGCAUUUCCAGUGCAGACUUUGCGAAUGUUGAAGUUCAAGGGACCAUCCAGUUUUCAAUCAACUAUAUCCAGAAGCUGAGGGAGUUCCACAUCUUUGUAGUUCAGUGCCAAAAUCUGGCUGCAGUAGAUGUGAAGAAGAAUCGAUCUGACCCGUAUGUUAAAAGUUAUCUUAUACCUGACACUGCUAAUUUGGGAAAAAGAAAAACAUCAGUGAAAAAGAAGACCUUGAACCCAACAUAUAACGAGAUUCUAAGGUAUAAAAUUGGAAUGGAGUACUUAAAAACCCAGACCCUUAACCUGUCUGUUUGGCACAAUGAUACAUUUGGUCGCAACAGCUUCCUGGGAGAGACAGAGAUUGACCUUUCUGACUGGGAUUUUGGAAACCCACAGAUUAACUGCUUAUCCCUCAAACCAAGGACCAUAAGCAGUAUCCUGCCCACAUAUGACAGAGGCGAGAUGAGACUGGCCAUACGCUUCUUACCUCACAUCUCUCUCUCAAAAUCAGUCCUAGGCUCAGGUGAAAUUCAUAUAUGGGUGAGAGACUGCAAAAAACUUCCACUGACCCGAGGUGUUACUAUAAACCCAUAUGUGAAAUGUUUUGUGCUGCCAGACACCAGCAAAAAGAGCUGCCAGAAGACACGGGUGGUAAAGAGGACAGCAAGUCCUGUGUUUAACCACACAAUGGUGUAUGAUGGAUUCAGGACAGAGGAUCUGACAGAGGCCUGUGUGGAGCUCACAGUGUGGGACCAUGACCGACUUGCUGAUCAUCUAGUGGGAGGCCUGAGACUUGGCCUGGGUACAGGGCAGAGUUAUGGGACAAAAGUGGACUGGAUGGACUCCAUGGUGAAGGAGGUGGCUUUAUGGCAAAGAAUGAUGGAUUCACCAAAUGAGUGGGUGGAGGAUGUGUUGCCUUUGAGAAUGUUGACAACAGCAAAAAAUACAUGGAAAUAACAUUGUUUGUAACUGUCAAAAUGCAAGAAUAUACACUGAGCACUUUAUUAGGAAUACUAUACUAAUACUGAGGAGGGCUUCCCUUUGCUCUCAAAACAGCCUCAAUUCUUUGUGUCAUGGAUUCCACAAGAUGUUGGAAACAUUCCUUUGAAAUUCUUGCCCAUGACUGCAUCACACAAUUCCUGCAGAUUUUUCAGGUGCACUUUCAUGUUGCGAAUCUCCUGUUGUACCACAUCCCAGAGGUGUUUUAUUGGAAUCAGAUCUGGUGAUUGGAAAGGCCACUGAAGAAUACUAAACUCCUUGCCAUGUUCAUGAAACCAGUUUGAGAUGACUUGUGCUUUGUGAUAUGAUACAUUAUUAUGCUGGAAGUAGCCAGUAGAAGAUGGUAACUUGUGGCCAUGAAGGGAUACACAUGGUCAGCAACAGUCCACAAAUAGGCUGUGUCAUUCAAGCAAUGUAUUAAAGUAUUAACAGGCCCAAACUGUGCCAAGAAAACAUUCCCCACACCAUUAUACCACCCCCACCAGCCUGGACUGUGUACACAAGGCAGGUUGGGUCCAUGGAUUCAUGCUAUUGGUGCUAAAUUCUGGUCUUAUUAUCUGUGUGCCUCAGCAGAAAUAAAAAUUCAUCAUACCAAGCUAUGUUUUUCCAGUCUUGAACUGUCCAGGUGAGUCUGUGCCCACUGCAGCCUCAGCUUUCUGUUCUUGGCUGACAGAAGUGGAACCUGAUGUGGUCUUCUGCUGUUGUUGCCCAUCCCCUUCAAUGUUUGAUGUGUUGUGCGUUUUGAAAUGCUUUUCUGCUCACCAUAAUUUGAGUGGUUAUCUGAGUUAUUGUAGUCUUUCUGUCAACUUGAACCAGUCUGACCAUUCUCUGUUGACCUCUUUUAUCAACAAGGCCUUUUUGUCUGUAGAACUGCUGCUCACUGAAUUUUUUUUUUUUUCUUUUUUGCACCAUUCUCAGUGAACUCUGUUGUGAGUGAAAAUCCCAAGAGUUCAGCAGUAUGGAUACUCAAACCAGCCUGUCUGGCAUCAACAACUAUGCCAUGAUCAAAAUCAGAUUCACGUUUUUUCUCCAUUAUGACAGUUCAUGUGAACAUUACCCAAAGCUUCUGGACUCUAUCUGCAUAAUCUUAUGCAUUUCACUGCUGCCACACGAUUGCCUGAUUAGAUAAUUGCAUGAACGACUAGGUGUACAGCUGUUCCUAAUAAAGUGUUCAGUAAGUGUAUGAAUAUUUUUUGUAAUUACAUUGCUCAGCACUUCUAAUCAUAUAGUAACAUCAAACAACUGAAUGCAUAUUAUAUUAACCUUUUUAUAACCACCUUGCUGAUAUAUAAAAAGCAUCUCAUUCACAUAGCUUUAGAUUGUGGAGGAUAUUUGAAUAAAUUCACAGCAUUUUGUGUCACCUAUUUUAUCAU